AUUUCCUUCCGCUUGGCUAUUGGUGAUACGAAGUGCGUUUGGUUCUGAUUUAACGAUUUGUUAAGUGGAAAUUGUCACGGAAGUUGAAGGUUGGCUAAUUAUUAGAGCAUCUCAGAGUGGCAGAAGUGAUUGAAUAAAGUGCUGCAGACAGUAUUGUUGGAUUGUGGUGUUCUGUGCAUUUGAGAACUAAUUGGUGCACUCAUGCCCUCUCGUUCACCAUCACGGCAGCCCAGUGCAAGCACAUCACGUGCUUCACGCCGCUCACCUAGCUCUUUUCGAAGUCGAGGUACAGGUCGCUCAUCUCCAUCCGAAAAACGACGGCGUGUUGAGCCACAGCCGGGAAGCUCCCGUCAUGGGGUAUCUCCACCCACAUCUCGUUCCCGGGAACGCAGGGAAUUCAGACCAUCUCCUGAGCUUGGGCACAGUAGCGAAGUCCCAGAGUUUCCCAUGAGACAUCGGAGUCGCUCUCCGCCAAUGCGUGGAUCCAAAGUGCGUUCAUUCUCUCCAGUGCCACCAUCAAAGAGAAAAAUGUCUCCUUCAUCCAAGAGGGAGCGUGUACCUCGAGAUGUAGACAGAGAGCGUUCUGGUCGUAUGCCCUCAAGGAAACGUACUAGGUCAAAGAGUCCUACAGCAGCUAGUGGUUCCCACACAAGUGCUACACGCAUGGUGUCUCCUGCAUAUGCUGAAGAAGUAUCUCCACCACAGUAUGCUGGUCCUUCAGACCCGUACGGUGUUGCAGCUGGUGUAGAUGUGGAACAUGUGACUAGAAAUGUUGGUGAAAGAUUUAGGGGUUCCAGUUCGGGCAAGUAUGAAGAGACUUUUGAAAGACCCGUUUUCCGUGGUCCUGAUGGCUCUGCUGGUUAUGAUAUCAAUGAAUUGAAGAAAGUUGUAAUCAAUAUAAGCCGAGAACUGCCAGUAAACAGGGCACCAGCAGAGCGUGUUGUUAUCAAUCCAGAAGAUGUGGUGUUGGUUCGGCGGCCGGGUGAGGGUUCUCGCCCAAUUUUUGCACGCGAGGAAAUUAUGCAGGCGAGCACAGAACGUGCCAUCAUUCCACCAGUUGAUGAUCACCGUCGAAUUGUGGCAAUUCGUGAUGUGGAUCCACCUCGUAUAUCAGGUUCCCAUUCUCGCUAUGAGCCACCUUCGCCACCUCCACCACCACGCUACUCAGAAGGCCGAUCACGUGAUGCAUACUAUGUACCAGAACAUCGUGAGUCUGCAACACCGUUGACAUCACAUCGUGAUUAUGGUCGUACUCAUCGUGACUAUGAUCGUCCUUCUACAUCUGGGUAUGAAAGGGACAGAGAGAUGAUCGCUAUGAGAGACGCGGCGGUGAUGACUUACGUCAUGAGUUAGAUCUCCGCCGACGUGAUGACCGCUAUCCCAGUCAUGGGGAGGUAGUGCGCACAUAUGAACGUGGACGAGACUAUCGUGGAGAUUCCAGCAGUAGGGACCAUGACCGUGGGGAGCUAAGUCACUCACGUCACCAUCGCCGUGGAAGCAGAGAUCGUAGUGAUGAACGUAUGGAUCGUAUGGAACGUAUAGAUCGUAUGGAACGUAUGGAACGCAUGGAACGU